CCCACGGCUCCAGGCAAGGGCGGGGGGUAAGGAGGAGGAGGCACCGAGAGCGAUUGGGAGCCGGUGGCCGACACGUGACGGACCUGUUUACCGAAGAUUAUAGAAGGCAGGAGCGGGGAGUGUGGGGAGGGAGAAGUGUCAGAGGGAGCGAUGACCGGCGGUGGGGCACGGUGAUCGGGCGAGGAUCAGAGCGGGCGCCAUGGGUUCCGAGCUGUUCUGUAAGCAGCGGACGCUGGAGCUGAGGCAGCGGCACAUCGGACCAUCAUGCAAGGUGUUCUUUUCGAAGGACCCACUCAAGAUAAUCCGUGCCCAGGGCCAGUACAUGUAUGAUGAGAAUAACAAGAAGUAUCUGGACUGCAUUAACAACGUAGCUCAUGUGGGACAUUGCCAUCCAGCUGUGGUGCAAGCUGCUGUCAAGCAGAUGGAACUGCUGAACACUAACUCACGAUUUCUACAUGACAAUCUGGUACAGUACGCCAAGCAGCUCACUGAGACGCUCCCACCUCAACUAUCUGUUUGCUACUUUGUCAAUUCAGGCUCUGAAGCUAACGACCUUGCUCUUCGAUUGGCUCGCCAGUAUACUGGUCACUAUGAUAUCAUCACCCUCAACCAUGCUUACCAUGGACAUGUAACAUCUUUGAUUGACAUCAGUCCCUACAAGUUCCAUGAACUUCAUGCAGAAGGUCAGAAGGAGUUUGUGCAUGUUGCACCACCUCCAGAUGUUUACAGAGGAAAGUACAGAGAGGACCAUCCUGAUCCAGCCUCAGCCUAUGCAGAUGAAGUAAAUGUAUUGAUUCAAGAGGCCACGAAGAGAGGCCGCAAGAUGGCUGCAUUUAUUGCUGAAUCCAUGCAGAGUUGCGGAGGUCAGAUAAUCCCACCACCUGGCUACUUCCAAAAAGUGGCACAAUACGUGCAUAAUGUAGGGGGAGUGUUCAUAGCUGAUGAAGUCCAGGUCGGCUUUGGCCGAGUUGGGAAACAUUUCUGGGCCUUCCAGUUGCAAGGAGAGGACUUUGUUCCAGACAUUGUCACCAUGGGCAAACCCAUCGGAAAUGGCCAUCCCAUGUCCUGCGUGGUUACGACCAAAGAAAUUGCAGAGGCAUUUGGAGCAUCUGGACUUGAAUAUUUUAACACAUUUGGAGGUAACCCAGUCUCAUGUGCUAUCGGGCUGGCAGUUCUGAACGUUAUUGAGGAGGAGGAUCUGCGUGGCAAUGCGACAAGAGUAGGAAAUUACCUGACAGAUUUACUGAGGGAACAGCAAGCCAAACAUCAACUUAUUGGGGAUGUGAGAGGUGCAGGUUUGUUUAUUGGAGUUGACUUGGUUAAAGACUGUAGGAAGAGAAUACCAGCCAAGGCAGAAGCACAGCACAUAAUCUACAGACUGAAGGAACAGGGUAUAUUAUUGAGUGCUGAUGGACCUCAUCGGAAUGUUCUGAAAUUCAAACCACCAAUGUGUUUCACUAUGGAGGAUGCCAAGUUUGUCGUGGAGAAAAUAGAUGAAAUUCUCUCAGAUCUUGAGAGAGAGACCAGUGCAACAAUUCCAAAUGGGGAGUCAAAGCCAGUGGAAAAUGGUGUCUCCUUGGCACUUGGGAGCAGCAAGAGAAAGAUUCCUCCUGCCAAUGUUCCUGAGAUAAGCCAUAGAUGCAUAAAUGAGCAGGACGCAAGCAAGACCUUACCACCUGAAGAGAAUCCAGAUGGAGAUGGUUGCCAUUUUAAGAGAACUGUUUGUGGGGAAAAUCCAAGUUCCUGUCACAGCAAACAGGACACUGUGUCAGGCAAAGGUUUAAGACAUGAUCUGCCUACCUCUCUGUUUUAAUGAGGUUCCUCUCAAAUAUGUUGUCAUAACUGAGUUGCACAUGAAAAGUUUUGCACAAUUUAGUCACAUUUAGACUGAGUUUCAGUUAAUCUCCAGGUUUUUAACAGAAGUUUUUAUUUUAAUUAAUUUGCAUGUUGACUAUUAUCUACUCAAAAUCCCCUCUAGGGCUGUUCCCAUUGGCCAGUGUCCACAUGGAGUAUCCUAGCCUUCUACUGCUGUUAAUACCAAUUGGGAGGGAAGAACCCAGCCCCCUCCCCCAAACCCCUCUUCCCCCCCCCUCCCCCCCAACCACUCUCCAGGAAUGGGCUGGUGUUUAUUUUGAAUUUAAGGGUUUUUAUUUUCUUUUGAAAUUGUUGCUUUUAACAGAACAAUUCUCCUGAGCUAAAAUAAGUACAAGAAAUGCUGCUGGUAAAUGCACUAAAAUCAUUAUUGAUGUGCUAAAUCACCACUGAAGUCACCACUCAGCUCAGUCAUUGAAUUGUACAGCACAGAACAGGCUUCGGCCCACCAUGUCUAUGCCAAACAUAAGUACUAAACCCACUAACCAGGAUGUGUCAUAGCCUACUAUGUCUUGGCGAUCCAAGUGCUCGUCCAGUUGCUGCUUAACUUUUGUGAGAGUCCAAGAGCCACUUUGGCUGUGUGUUCCAGAUUCCAAUCACCCACAGGAUGAAAGAGUUCUUCCUCAGAUUUUCCAUAAACUUCGUACUCCUCACUUUAAACCUAUGCCCUCUGGCCUUAGACACCUUUGCCACAGGGAGUAGUUUCCUACUUUCUACCAUUUCUAUGCCUCAUAAUUUUGUACUCAACUACACCACUUCCACCUUUAACCCACCCCCCGUCUCUGCUCCAAGGAAAAAAAGCCCAACCUAUCCAGUCUUUCCUUAUAGCUGAAACAGCCCAUCCCAGGCAACAUCCUGGUGAGUCUCCUCCGCACCCCCUCCUCCUGAGUCGAUCAGAGCCCCAAGCAAUAGGUACCCCUGGGCUCUCUUGCUCUGCAUAUGUAAGGUCCAAGCAGCUUCUCUGUACUGACAAGGAUGCAUUUCCUGAAAUCACCACAAUGGCUGGAAAAUCCUUUGGGAUUAAGUUCUGUGCCACUUGUGCAAGUUCCUCAAACUGUCCUCUCAUUUCCUUGCAUUGACUUGAGUUUGUUAUUUGUGGGAUUUGGAUAGGAAUAGCUUUGGAACUCUUAUAUGAGUAGUCGAUAGUAUCCAAAACUUCCGAUAUGCAAAUUACUAGAAGCAUGAAUUUAAAUGCUAUGCAUGUUCACUGAGCUCUAUUGUACACAGCUCUGACUUACUAACAACAAAAACUUCUGAUAUUAUUGCAGUACUGCUAUUGGAUUACUGGCUUUGCAUCACGUCUGCCCUAUUAAUCAAGGACGUGACAUUGUUGUUUUAGUUAGUUGGGAUGUGCCAGUCACUGAUGAUAACAGCAUUUAUUUCCCAUCUCUAAUUGCCCUUGAACUGAAAAGGCCUGCUAUGGCUCUGGGGUUACUUGUAAGGCAGACUGGAUAAGAACAGCAGAUUCCAUUCUCCAAAGGACUUUGUUGAAUCAGAUGAUUUUCUUUUAACAUUGAUCCAGUAGUUGCAUAGUCACAAUCACUGAUAUUGGCUUUUAUUAUUGCAGAUUUAUUUCAUUAUAUAAAUUUUCCAGCUGCCAUGGUUGGAUAUGAAAUCAUUGGUCCAGAUCUCUGGAUUACUGGUCUGGCAUUGUAGUGACUUUAAGACAUUUUGCAUUGAAAUAGACAUUUUUAAUUAUGAAAUCUAUUCUCUAAUUUAAAAAUACAAGGGCUCAGAUUACAUGGGUAGUUUAUUAAUAACGUAACUUUACAGCUUUUUCACCACUUUCUUACUUGAUGGUGCAAGCACUUGCUGAAGCUCUUCAAUUUAAAUAUAAAUCCCUGUCAUUAAAGCUUCAGAUUGCUACCAAUUUUCUGAAAUUGUUUUAGAGAUAAUCAUGUAUUAUUAUGAUUCUUAGACUGCUACUUGAGUCAAGUUUCUUGAUACAAUUUGGUUCUUGAUUCCAAGUUAAGAAAUGCUUUGAGUUUUGAAAACUAAAUAACGUAGUUUGAUUUUGAAAGAUUGCAUUUGCUUUCUGAAUGUUCAAAUUUCUACAGAAACUGUAGCUCAAGUGUUAGGAAAAUUAACCAAUCCUUGAUUCAAAGUACAGAUUUUUUUUAAACCCAGGACAAAAUUCCUACUUGAUGACACAAGCAAAUCAGUCCAGAAAAAGACAAGGAAUAAUGGAAAUAAUUUACUCCAAAGCAAACUACUAUUCACAUUUUUCAUAUUGUCCUGGCUGUAAACAUUUUUUAACAUGAAGCAAAUCUCAACUUGCAAACACAAUCAUUAUUUUAUAUAACAGAUAAUUGUGCUUCCCUUUAAUUUUAAGAUUAAAAUUAAAGACUAAAUAAAAUUACAGAUAAAAUUAAUGGUCUCCUGCAAAGAUUGUGGACCUGAACUUGCUGAUUGAUUGCAGUGGGUAAGGAUAUUCUACUGUUGAUUGGUGUAAAGAUAUAGUUCAAAAAUAUGCUUAUCAUUUCCCUGUUUUAACAAGGGGUAAUCUUUACCCAGGAUCUCUGAAUGCUAAUGCUUGUCAUUCGUUGACCAGAAAGUACAUGAACUCUAUUGAUAAAGUGACCUUUGAACUACAGAGCAAGAACAAGCAUUUAUAAAGAAAAUAUAUAAAAAUUGGAGCUACAACACUUAUGCGAUCUUUAGCAAUUCAUACCUGUUCAAGAGAAAAUUUAAGGGAAUUGUGGAGAAUGACAUAAUCAGAAGCAAAAUGGUGCACAAACUUGUUCCAUGACUCUGUCUGAAAAGUCACAAUGCUGCUAAAUUGCACUCUAUACCAUCGCUGUCAUCUAAUCUACCAGGGGCAGCAAAAUAAAUUGUAACCCCACAACAAUUCAGGGAACUAAAAUCUUUAAAAUUCUUCUAAAAUGACUCAGUCAAAUUGUGUUCCAGGAGAUCGUCAACCACAUGAUACAUUAUCUAUUGUCAUGUAUGUAUUUUGUGUACAAUAAUAAUGGCCAUGUUCCAGCUUUCCUUUGAAAUGUUGCAAUGAAUUUACUCUCGCUGCAUGAAGUGCAAGCUCAUUUUUUUGAUUUUAUUUACAGCGUGGUAACAGGCCCUUCCGGCCCAACGAGUCCACGCUGCCCAUUUUAAACCCAAAUUAACCUACCCGUACGUCUUUGCAAUGUGGGAGGAAACCGGAGCACCCGGAGGAAACCCACGCAGACAUGGGAGAACGUACAAACUCCUUACAGACAGCGAGAGGAAUCGAACCCCAUAUCGCUGGCGCUGUAAUAGCGUCGCGCUAACCGCUACGCUACUGUGCCGCCCGUACAUUGAUUACUGUAACAAAAAACCCUCUAGUCAUCUAAUCCUGUUCAGUACUUAAAUAGUUUAUUGAGAGAGCACCUCAUUUACCCUAACCAAUCUAGUUCAAAUCAUCCCUCCACUCAGACAACAGUAUAGUCUGUUUAAAGUAAAUCAUCCCAAAAGUUGACACUUCUAAUAUUAAAACAACCCAUCUUUCUAAGUGUAACUGGGUAACUAAAUGAUUUUAAACAAAAGACUAUUUCUCUCACCUGGAAUCUUUUCUUGGCUCUCCCUGUCUCUGCAUUAAUCGAGUUCUUUCCAACUUGCAUAUAAGUGACUAUUUCACUGGAUUGUAAUAUAGUAUGUAUGCUUGUUGAUUUACAACAUUAAUGUUUAAUAUUUCUACUACCUCGUCUAAAUUUAAGUAACAGGAGCUUUAAGAUAACAAUAGCAUUAUCUUUUUGUGUGGAGCUAUAUAUGGUAAUUUUAAUUUUCUCUGAUAUGGUGCUAUAAUAUUGUGAUAAUUUUUCUGAGGUUGUUUCUCCUCACUGUGUGAUGGCAGUAGCGUAAAACAAAAUUGUACAAAUGUAAUAAAAUACUUGACUC